AAAGGCAAUUUGACAAGCAGGAGAAGAAGCAAACAGUGAAGCCAACCAUCCUUUAUAAAAAGCUAAAGGAAACCUCCCAAAAACCCCUAGAAAAAUCUCUCCCUGGCCAUCUCUUUUCCUCCCUCUCUCUCUCUCUCUCUCUCUCUCUCUCUCUCAGAAUUUGUUGGAGUCAGUUGAAGCAGAUCAAUGGAGAUUGAAAGAAGCUCCCAUCUCAGUUGGGCCUACUGCUCCCAAGAUAAGAGCAUGGAAGACCUGAGGCAUUGCCUCCUGUGCACGUCGCUCGAGCUCGAGAGCACCAAGGCGGCGGCUCAGCAAGAGCUGCGAAGGAGAGACGACGAGCUGGCUCAACUCCGAGGACUCCUCGAGAGAGUGGUCCGCGAGCGGGACGAGGCUCAGGGGAAGUACCAGAAGGCCCUCCUCCAGAACCUCCUGCUCCAGCAGCAGAUGGCCGUGGCUCCUCCGAUCUCGGGAGUCUCGAGCGUCGAGGAUAUUGAGCCUCGCAGAGUCAGGGAGAAGGACUUCUCCAAUGCCUCCAAUGGCGGCGGCGGAGGAUUCUCCUCGUCUGAGUGCGAGGACAGCAUCGUGUCGUCCCCGGUCAUUCACCCGACUCAGCCAGCGCCAUCCCAUUUGCCAAGGUCACUGGACUCUUUGCUAUUGCCCGAGAGGCCGCUCCCCGAAAAGGGGAAGCUUCUGCAGACAGUGAUGAAGGCGGGCCCAUUGCUGAAGACACUGCUUUUGGCGGGACCGCUGCCUCAGUGGCGGCACCCCCCACCGCCACUCGAGUCCUCGGAGAUCCCACCGGUCAAGAUCCCAUCUCCUCCCCCGCCGCCGUCACCUCCUCUGUUCCUCCAAGACUCCCUGCUCAUCAACACUAACAGCAGCAGCAGCAGCAAUCCCAUUACGAGUUGCGGAAGAGUUUGCAGCAAGAUGGCACUCACGGAGGGCUUGUUCGAUUUUCCGGCCGCGACAAAGUACCAGAGAGUUGCUCUCCCCUGACCAGUGCAUGCAUGCCCCCGAUUUAUAUAAAGCAGCAACACAACUCACUUAAAAUGACUGUCUGUACAGAGGUUUGAUCUGAGAAAAUGAGAGCCGUCUAAAGACAAACUCAUAGGCAAAUCGAAAUUUGUACCCCUUAGCUUGUUCUUACACAAUUUAAGUUAGUUCUUUCUUUUUUCCGGAUUUAUUCGAUGUGACCAGUAAGGAAGAUUGAUGUUUUCGGGAGGAUGAUUGUUACCCCUUAGGUGUUAAAUGUAAGUCUUAGUACUAAGUUGCAAGUAGGAAUUAGUUUGAGUGGAUGACUGAGUUUGGUGGACGUAUCCCAUCAUCAUCAAAGCAUAAAAGAUUAUGGAAAGGGUGUGGAGUUGUUGAGUAAGGGAGACGAGUAUUACCAACAACCUCAAGGAAGAUCUAUGCCCCGACCCAUGCUAUACGGAAAAUCGGGCUAAAUUUCUUGUAGUCUCACUUGUUUUCUGUUGGAAUAACAGAGCAAAUCAGUAAAAAUGACGUUCAGGAGUGCAGUUUAGAAGACGCCUGGUGAAGUAUCAGUCGGGCCUCAUCGAGCGGAGCCCACAAAUCAGAAUCAGUAUCUAAUGUUGGAGUCAUUUGCUAUGCUUUUCGAAGUGUGAUUUGUUCAUAGUGUGA